GAAUCCUAACAGAUCAACCUCAAUGGACCGAUGCAGCUGGGAAGCCAAAACAAAGCAGAUAGAGAAAUAGAAUAAGUUUUGCGCGCGCAUAGUGUAAGGAGGUCAUGUAGUGGUCAUGGCGCGUGUGGUUCAUAAGACUAUGAAGAGGAAUAAGCAGCCAGUCUUUUAGGAUGAUGUAGCCGUCGCAUAUUAGUGUCUUUAUUCCCAGUGAGCAUAACGUAAUUCCUCGACAGCAUCACUAAAAUCAGAACAAGCUGUACUCUCGGUGCUGCGUGUGGGAAACAAAGCCAAGUGGCGAGCAAAAAAAUAUUCAGGCACAGAUCAGGAGAUUGCGCUUGGAGAAAAAGCAAGAUAGAGUAAAGAUACCGUAAAAGAAAAAAGAAGAAGAAGAUGCCGCUCCAUACUGAGCCAUGGGAGUGAGCGCUCGGUGAAGAUGAGCCACAGGAGCAGUCCAGCUAAAGCGUACGAUUUCCUGUUGAAAUUCCUGCUAGUGGGAGACAGUGAUGUGGGCAAGGGGGAGAUUUUGGCCAGUUUGCAGGACGGGGCUACAGAAUCUCCUUAUGGAUAUAACAUGGGGAUUGACUGCAAAACCACCACCAUACUGCUUGAUGGCCGUAGAGUCAAACUGCAGCUUUGGGACACCUCUGGACAGGGACGUUUCUGCACCAUAUUCCGCUCAUACUCUAGAGGAGCACAGGGUGUUAUCCUUGUAUAUGACAUUACGAAUCGCUGGUCCUUUGAUGGUAUUGACAGAUGGAUUAAAGAGAUUGAUGAGCAUGCACCAGGAGUCCCUAAAAUCCUGGUGGGGAACCGACUGCACUUGGCCUACAAACGUCAGGUGACGACUGAAAAUGCCCAAGCCUUUGCUGAGCGGCUGGGUGUCACAUUUUUCGAAGUCAGCCCUUUGUGUAACUUCAACAUCACUGAGUCCUUCACAGAGUUGGCUCGCAUAGUACUAAUGCGGCAUGGCAUGGAGAGACUCUGGAGACCUAACAAAGUGUUGAGUCUGCAGGAUCUGUGCUGCCGAUCCAUCGUCUCCUGCACUCCUGUGCACCUGGUGGACAAACUCCCGCUUCCUGUUGCCUUAAAGAGCCACCUGAAGUCCUUCUCCAUGGCCAAUGGCCUCAACGCCCGCAUGAUGCACGGACGCUCCUACUCCGUCAUAGCCAGCAGCGGCGCGAAGAGGAACGGAACGAAGAAAUCCAAACUCAUCUACCCACCCCUGAGCCCAUCACAGAGCUGUACGAGGACCACAUGCAAGAUAUCGUAGUCUAAUGACUCUAAUGACACAGUCUGCUCUCACAACAUCGGCACACAGUUAGAGAUCACAGCUCAACAGGGUUUCACUGACGAGAAAGAUGCUUCCCAGUGGCUAACAGUGUCCAUGCUCAUUUCAUCAGAUACUCGGGAUGUGUCCUUCAUGCUAUACCUGAAUGUGAUUGCUCUAAGAGAUUGAACAGACCCAUGAAAAGGGAUUGGUGUCAAGCCAUUACAUCACCACAUUCUUCAUACAUGUACAGAAUAUUUCAUCCUGUUUGUAAUUGAGGGGAUAAAAACAUAUUGGCACUGCAGUUUAGCUCUGAGGACAUAAGCGAUGCUUAGCGCCGCUGAACUCAGACUAAGCACAAUGACAGCGAAAGCAGUCCUGUUUUUAAAUCUCUCUUUUUAGAGUGGACCUAGUUGAUAAUACCAGCUUGUUUUCUUACUCUUAUUCUAAUGCUCUUCAGGGUACACGCAUUGAAAGAACGUCAGUGUUGAGAAAUGCACCUCUUUGUAUUGUGUAUUUAAGUCAUGUUGUUUGAUACAAUGUUGUUAUUAUUCUUAAUUAUUGUAAUGCACAUAAACAGUGACCAGUAUUGUAAUAUUUUAUAUGGAGUGACACCAAAGACAUGGGAGACUGAAGAAGCUUAUCAGUGCUAACACGUUUUGUUAUCAAUUCAACACUAAUAUUUCAAACACACUGCAGAACAACAGCAAUUCCUAACGAGCUUUCAGGUUUCUUCUUUUUAAUAAAAGUGUGUUACCUACCAGA